CGCGUCUUUUUAUUUCUAUAUUUUUUUUUCUGUUUGACGCGUGUUUCUUGCAAUAUGGAUCUUGAUGAACCUUCCAACACUCAGACAUCUGAGCUUAUCGACUCUCAAAUGGAAGAAGAAGCCCCUGUCUUGAAUUUCUCAGAGUCUCUAUUAAGCACAAAAAAAGUACCUCAACUAAAAGACUUGCUAAAGAACCUUCAUGAACAGUUAAAAGAAUUGGAUCAAAAUGUGGACAAAUCAUCCCUUGAAAAUGUGACUCAGGAACUUGUUCACAAAACAAUUAUCAAUAACAAGGACAAGACUAUCAAGGCUUUAACUGCUUGUUGUCUUGCUGAUAUCAUUCGUUUACAUGCUCCUGAAUGUCCUUACUCCAAUGAUACACUUAAGACUAUCUUUGCCUUCUUUGUCAGUGAGCUUUCACAUUUCGGUACUGAAACACCUGAAUUUCCUUAUCGCUUUUAUCUUUUGGAAAACUUACAAUCUGUCAAGACUUUCUUGCUUUUGAAUGAUAUUGAAGAUUCUGAAGAAAUCGUGUUGCCUUUAAUUGAAGAAUUCUUUACUGUGUCUGAAAAAGGCACAUUGGCCAGAAAUGUAGAAUUGUGUAUGACAGAUGUGCUAAUUCAAUUGAUCGAUGAUGUCGGUGCUAUGAGUGCUGAAUUUACAGAACUUAUUUUGGACCAAUUCGACAAGUUUGAUAAGGGAUCUGAUAACCCUGCUUAUCUGAUGACAUUGGAUAUUUGUUAUGCUUGUCCUAAUGCACUUCAAAGACGCAUUUUUCAAUACUUUUCAGAUACAUUGAUUUCUGUCAGUAACACAGAUGAAACAGAAGAAGAUUUAGAAGAAAUCAAAAGAGCACAUCACCUUAUUCGUAAAAUGAAUGCUGUCACACCUGAUUUACUAUUGAAUGUCUUGCCAUUACUGCAGGAAGAAAUGAGAGUAGACCACAUUCAUGUUCGUCAGUUGGCAACAGAGACAUUAGGACAUAUGUUUGCUGAAUCUUCAUUGAAUGUAGCUGCUAAAUACCCUGCUAUUUGGAAGACAUGGCUUGGAAGACGUCAUGACAAGUCAAUUCAGUUGCGUGUCAAAUGGCUAGAGAUGUCGGUGGAUAUCUUUAAACAUCAUCCUGAAUCCAUGUCUGAAUUAACAGAUUGUUUCAAAGACAGAUUAUCUGAUCCUGAUGAAAGAGUCCGUGCUGCUGCCUGUAAAGUUGUGGGUGAAACUAUGACUGAACUCGAUAUUAAGCAAUUGGACAAGGAGUUGUUGGAAUUGAUCAGUGAUAGAAUCAAGGAUAAGAAACAUCCUGUUCGAGUAGAAGCCAUGAAAACCAUGGGGUCUGUGUACAAUCAUUACUAUGCUCGUAUCCAUGCUCAUGAAAAGACUGUGAUGGAUAAAGUGGGUUGGAUUCCUGAUCGCUUACUGUACUGUCUCUAUUUGGGUGAUGCUUCUGUUACUAUGGACAUGGAACAUGCAUUGCUCAAGUAUAUUCUUCCAGAAGACGAAAAUGAUGAAGAAAGAACUGAAAGAUUAGUCGUUGUCUUUGAGUCUCUUCAUGAGAAAGAAAGACUGGCAUUCGCUGCCCUUGUUCGUAAACAAAAAAUGUUUAACGAAAACUUACAUACCUAUGUCGAUAUGUGUCAAAGAGUGGUGAAUGAGAAUAGCACAAAUGAACAUGAGGAAAGCAAGAACGAUGAAUUUAUGAAGUAUUUGGCUGCCCAAUUCGCUGAUAAGCCAAGAACAUUGAAUGCUUUAAGGUCCUUCCUUCAAAGAGGCAACGAUAAAGAUAUCAAGGCAUUAAAGACUGCUAUUGAUCUCAGCCGUACCUAUAAACAAGUACUGGUUGCAAAGAAAAAAUUGUUGGCCAGUUUAAAUGAUGAUCAAUCUGCUAUUGUUGAAAUCUUUCAAGCUAUUUUAAACAGAGCUUGUCCUAUCAUCUUGAGCAAGAGCAAUGUUGCUCAUUUGUUGAAGAUGAGUAGAACACUACGUGGAAGAAGACAAACAGUAUCUAGUCAAAGAUCUGUUGUAGCUCAAGACAUUCUAAAAGAAAUCUCUACUACGUUUCCUUCCAUGUAUACCAGUCAUUUGAAUGAUAUCAUCAAGGAAGUUAUGUCUGAAGAUGAGAAUGCAGCUGAAGAAGGCCUUAAACUUCUUUCUGAAAUCAGCAAGGACUCUCAUGGAAAGAUGGCUUACAAAGAUGAUGUGAGUGAUCGUUUAAUGAGCUUUGUGACAGAAGGAAGUGUAACUCAAGCCAAUUAUGCUUCCAUUGCCCUUGCCAAUAUGAAGGAUGCAGAUGUGAUUUCUGCAGAACUAGUUUCAAACAUGUGUGAUGAAUUACUCUUGAAGUCUAACCGUUUGCUUGCCACUCUUACUGGUCUUUCCAAUUUUACAUUAUACGCACAUGAGCUCAUUACUCCCUCUAUUGACUCCAUUAUUCGUUUUGUUGAAGCUGUUCUAUUGAUAGCCAAGACAAAAGAAUUUUCAUCUGAUAAUCCUGAAUGGGAAGUCUAUGAAAAUUUGCCUGACCUGUCCAAGCAAAAAUUAAUGGGUAUUCGAUUAUUGGUAAACUAUUUAACUGCUUCUAAAGACGAUGUUGGGCCUGAAGAUUACGUUAUUCAAAAGAUCUUUGGUAUUCUCGAAGCCUUGCUUGAUUUAUCUUGUGAUGGUGCUUUGACAGACAAGACAAAUGCCGCAGAAACUUCACAUCUUCGAUUAGGCGCUUCAAGAGCCAUUGUCAAACUCACUCAAUAUGAGAAAUACAUGAACCAACUCACCGUGACCAAGUUUGAAAAACUAGGCAUUACUUUACAAGAUACUUGUUUCUAUGUUCGUCAAGAAUUUGCUGAAUCACUUAUGAAGGGCCUUCAUACGGAUCAAAUCCAUUCUCGUUACUAUGCUUUACUCUUCCUCUGUGCUCAUGAGCCUGAAACUGUCUUAUUGAAGCAGGUCAAGAGUUUUAUCCAAAAACGAGUCUCAACUACUCAAGCUCAACAAGGCGAAGCGAAUGUAUUGGAUUCUGCCUUGAUCCGCUUGAUUCACUUAUUGGCUCAUCAUCCUGACUUUUCAGAAGCUGUUGAAGAUUUAGAAGUGUUGGCUCAGUACUUUAGAUUCUAUUUGGCUUGCGUGGCUACAUCUGAAAAUGUGGCCUUUUUGUAUCAUAUUGUUCAAAAGAUCAAAUUGUCAAAAGAUAUGGUGGUUCCUGAAUUAAGCAAGAAUUCAUACAUGUUGAGCGAUUUGGCUUGUUUGUUGAUCAAGUCAAGAUGCAAAGAGGCAUCUUGGCCUUUGAAUGCUUAUACUGGACAUGUCACACUUCAUACAAAACUCUAUCAAUUGUUGCCUCAAGGGGCUAUUCAAGCAGAGACAAUUAAGCAAAGUUAUUUGCCAAAGGAAUUUUUGGAAAAAUAUGAAGAAGAACAUCAUCACAAAGCAGGAGACAAGCGUUCUCGUUUUACAGCAACAGUAACACCAUCAAGCAAAAAGAUCAAAGCCUAAGUAAUAAUAAUAAUAACAAUAAUAAAAAGCCUGCAUGAAUUCAUUCAAAUAGUGUUAAAUCCGAC